GACGGGCGGGAGCUACACUGAGCAUGCGCAUACUCUCUCGGUUCUUCCCCCAAGUUAAGAAUGGUGGUCGAAGAGCGCCGCGCCGAGCCGUUGUAGGUUAGACAAGUGACUUCGAAAGCUGCACACAACUUCACAAGGUUGAACAAAAUUUAAUGGAAGAUACUGGCCUACAUCUCUCAGACGACACCGUUACUGGAAUGCUGGACACUGAGUCCCCAGCCAUGGAGAGCAAUGGGGAUGCCUUUCUUCCUGACCUUCCUGUUCUAGGCCAAGCUGCUGACUGGUCCCCGGACCAGGUUGCUCCAGAACCACUCACCAACAUCUUACCUGAGGACUCUGAUGCGUCCCAGGAUGCUCCGGAGCAGCAGCAGCAACCAAACCAGCAGAUAAAUUCCCCAGAGCUGGGAUCUGUGGAGAAGGCUGUGGAGCAAUUUCAGCUUGCCAGUGCUCAGCUCUUCCAAGAGGAGCAGCCACCACCUCCACCACAGCCCACAGAAGAGGCAGAACAGCUAUCAGAACACAAAUCAGAAUCCGGGGAGUCUCAACAGGACAGCCAGGAGAUGAGUGUAGAGCCAGACGCUGCUGUACAGGAUGGCAGUCAAGAUGGGACCGAGGCCACACAGGUGACAGAGGAUGGCAUGGAGCUGGAAGAGCCAUCCAAAGAGACAACACAAGAAUCGACUGUUCUUACGGAGCCACAGGAGCCCAGUGAGUUUGAAAAACUCUUUAAAGGGUGUGAGGAGAACCCAGAAGACUUCAAUGGUUGGGUGUACCUGCUGCAGUAUGUGGAGCAAGAGAAUGACCUUACAGCUGUGAGAAAGGCAUUUGAUGUAUUCUUCCUACGUUAUCCCUACUGCUAUGGUUACUGGAAGAAGUAUGCUGAUAUUGAGAAAAAGCAUGACAACAUACAGGUUGCAGAAGAGGUGUACAGAAGAGGCUUGCAGGCCAUCCCUCUCAGUGUGGACCUGUGGCUGCACUACUUGACCUACAUCAAAGAGAACUCAGACCCUAGUGACCCAGAGACUGAGGGACGCAUUCGAGCUGCCUAUGAACAUGCAGUGCUUGCGGCAGGAACAGACUUUCGCUCAGACCGUCUGUGGGAGGCCUUCGUCAACUGGGAGACAGAGCAGGAGAAGCUGGCUAACGUCACCGCCAUCUAUGACCGCAUCUUGGGCAUCCCAACCCAGCUGUAUUCCCAGCACUUCCAGAGGUUCAAAGAUCAUGUGCAGAACAACAACCCCAAACACUUCUUGUCAGAAGAGGAGUUUGUUCAGCUGAGGCUGGAGCUCUCUAAAGCCAGCCUAGCGGCGGUGGUCGGCGAAGAUGGAGAGACACAUGUUGCUCAGGAGGACCUGCCACCUGGUACGGAGGAUCUUGCGGACCCUGCUAAGAGAGUGACAGAGAUCGAGAAUAUGCGCCACAAGGUGAUCGAGGUUCGGCAGGAAGUGUUCAACCACAAUGAACAUGAAGUCAGCAAGCGCUGGGCCUUUGAGGAAGGGAUUAAGAGACCAUACUUCCAUGUCAAAGCCUUAGAGAAGACCCAGCUGAACAACUGGAAGGAGUACCUGGACUUUGAAAUUGAAAAUGGGACUCCGGAGCGCGUGGUUGUUCUUUUUGAACGAUGCCUGAUCGCUUGUGCACUCUACGAAGAGUUCUGGACCAAGUAUGCAAAAUAUCUAGAGGGCUACAGCACUGACGGUGUGAGACAUGUCUACAAGAAGGCGUGUACCAUCCAUCUGCCCAAGAAACCAGCCACCCACCUCCUGUGGGCAGCCUUUGAGGAGCAGCAAGGCAACGUAGAGGAGGCUCGUGGCAUCCUGAAGUCCCUGGAGGCAACAGUCCCAGGUCUGGCCACGGUGCGCCUUCGGAGGGUCAGUCUAGAGCGUCGGCAUGGGAACUUGGAGGAAGCGGAGGCCCUCUUAAGGGAGGCCAUGGAGUCUGCGAAGAAUGCUACUGAGACAUCGUUCUAUGCUGUGAAGCUGGCCAGGCAGCUGAUGAAGGUGCAGAGAAGUCUGAGCAAGGCCAGGAAGGUGCUGAUGGAUGCUAUUGAACAAGACCAGACGAGUCCAAAACUCUAUCUAAACCUGCUUGAGCUGGAAUACAGUGGAGACGUGACGCAGAACGAGGCUGAGAUCUUGGCUUGUUUCGACCGAGCCCUGAAGAGCCCGAUGUCCCUUGAAUCCCGCCUCCUCUUCUCCCAGCGCAAGGUCGAGUUCCUCGAGGACUUUGGCAGUGAUAUCAAUGUGCUUGUGACUGCAUAUGAGGAACAUCAGAAACUACAGAAAGAAAGCGAACCCACAAAGAGGAAAGCCGAGAAUGGGUAUGACAGCUCUCAGGAACCUGACGCCAAGAAACAGCGUGUGGAUGAUGGUUCCACAGGUGCAGAAAACGCAAUGACUGACACGCAGGAUAACAACUCUGCAUACAACUACAACUGGUACCAGCAACAAUACGGCGGUUGGGGACAAAACACCUGGGGGCAGUACAACCAAUAUGCACAGUAUAACCAGUACUACCCCCCUCCUCCGACAUGAUGGACAAAAUCCUGACAUGAAGAUGGAGACUCAGAGGAAAGCACCCUUUCUGACCUGCCUACAUCUCUGAACAGGGCUACUUAACUGGGUGUCAUGGAGAUUUCAAUCUGACCACAGAAGCUGAUUUGUUCCUUCUUUCUGGUUUAAAGUGUGCUAAUCAGUUUGUAGACAUUAGUUGGAAUAUAAUACACUUGGCCCUCCAUGGCAGUCAUGUUGAUCAGUCAUGUUGUUUAAAAAAAAUAACAUAAAUUGCUACAUCCAUCAUCUCGAACACUGGCUGCUUUUUUUGGGUUCUUUAAUGCAUGUUAUUUGUGAAGGCAGAAUUAUUUUUCCCUGUGUGAUAAAGGCUUCUUAAUUUUUAGAUCGGAUUACUUAGUUUGGUCUCUUUGUUUUAAAGAUUUAAACUUGCAAAGGAGGCAUUCAUUGAUGUACCUCUGAGUCGUGUUUCUUCUUCCCAAACAGAAAUUUUUUUAAUAUUUCCUGGUUAUGUUUCCAUAAAGAAAAUUAAGAGUUCCUCCUUUUUUAUUUUGACUUGAUUUCAUAAUAAAGAUAUUGAUAUCCUGAA